AUGAGCGACGACACGGGUGGUGCGCCACCCGACGACGCGCCGGCGCCGGCGCCGGCGCCGGCGCCGCCAGCGCCGCCGGAGGACGAGCAGAGCGCUCCUGCGUACCGCGUCAAGGUCUACCGGCUCAACGAGGACGGCCAGUGGGACGACUGCGGCACGGGCUCCGUGACCCUGGCCAAGGGCUCGGCGCCGACGAUCCUCGUGCUCAGCGAGAACAACGACCGCGGCGCGCGCGGCGCGCUGCUCGCGAGCCGGCUCAUCCCGAGCCAGGACGCGUACACCAAGCAGGGCGAGAACAUCAUCACCUGGGACACGCGCCGCGGCGACGGCGGCUCCGCGAUCGCGGACAAGGCCGCGAACGAGACGGCGUGCGUCGCCCUGAGCUUCCAGGAGAAGCACGGCUGCGACGACCUCUACGCGCGGCUCCAGGCCGCCGCCGCGCGGCUCAUCGCCGCGCUGAGCCGGAGCCGGAGCCUGAGCCCGCCGCCGGGCGACCGCGGCGCGCUCGCGGCGCUCCGCGACGACGAGCCGGGCCCGCCGGGCGUCGACGACGACGGCGACGCGGCGCGCGCCGUCGCCGUGCUGUUGCGGCGCCAGGCCGAGGCCGAGGCGGGCCAGUUCGGCGGCGGCGACGGCGACGACGGCGCGGCCGCGAACCACGCGCGCGCGUUCCUCGCGCACGUGCUCGGCGCGCGCGGCGGCGCGCUGGGCAAGCUCCUCGCCGCGGACCCGGCGCCCCAGGCCUGGCACGCCCUGCCGGCGCCGUCGUCCGCCGCCGCGCUCGACGAGUGGGCGUGCACGCUCGCGCGCGCCGCCGCGAGCCCCGCGGCGAAGGAGCGCUACGCGGCGACGCUCCUGGCCGAGGACUGCCUGCUCCUGCGCCAGCUCGCGGCGUCCUUCGACGACGCCGAGGACGGCGACGACGUCGAGGUCCUCGUGAAGCUCGCGGACGUCGUGAAGUUGGUCGUGCUGCUCAACGAGCCGCCGCUCGUCGAAGCGUUGCUCGACGACCCGCUCUUCGAGCCGGUGCUCGGCGCGCUCGAGUACGCGGCGGACCUGAAGAAGCAGCACGCGGCGCUCGCCGUCGACGACGGCGCGGCGCCGCGCGAGCGGCGGUCCUGGGUCGAGCCCGACGAGGCCGCGCGCGCGGCGGCCGCGCGCGCGCCCGCGGCCCCGGCCCCCGCGGCCGCGGCCGCGCCGCCGGCAGGCGCCGCGGACGCCGACGCCGAGGUCGCCGCGGCGACGGCGGCGGCGCCGGACGACGACGACGAGGCCGCGAACCGCCGCGCGAGCGUCGAGUCCGGCAAUUCCGCGGCGACGACGGAGGGCGCCGUGAGCGACGAGGACGCGCGGUUCCGCGUCGGGAGCCCGCUGCCCGGCGCGCUGCUCGGCGACGAGCGGCCGCGGACGGCGGCGGAGGCGCGGCGCGUGCCCCUGCGGCGCCUGGCGCUGCGCGCGUCGCAGAUGCGCGAGGUCGUGCCCAUGGAGGACGCGACGCUGCGGAUGCGCGUCGUCCAGAACUUCCGCGCGGCCGUGCUCAAGGAGGCGGCGUUGCGGCCGGGCAUGGACGACGCCCAGCUCUCGUCGAUCCACGGGUUAGUCUUCAGCAACAACAACGAGAUCCUGAGGCGCCUGUACGACCACACGGACUACCUCAAGCGCGUCGUCGCGCUCGUCGGCUCCGGCGCGCCCGAGGCCGCCGCGGAGUCGCUCGAGGCGGAUUUGCUGGAGGACGGCGACGGCGGCGCCGAGGCCGCGCACCGCCGCGACCGGGGCCUCGCGCUCCGGUUCCUCCGGGAGAUGGUGGGCCUGAGCCGGAACGCGCAGCCGCAGUCGCGCGACGCGCUGUACCGCCACCUCUUCUUCGAGACGGAGCUCUACGGCGCGCUGGCGACGGCGUUGGCGGACUGCGGCCACCGGAGCCGGCCCAGCGGCGCCGGCGGGGACGGCUACGCGCACACGGCCGCCGCGGCCGUCGAGCGCGCGUGCUGCGCGGAAAUCGUCGCGACGGCCGUGCGCGUCAACGCGUCGUCGCUGCGCCACGACGCGCUGCGGCGCGAGGACCACCCGGAGCCGCCGCCGUGGCACGCGGCGCAGAACGGCGGAAACGACGACGCGAACAAGAAGGCGCGGAAGGGCCCCGCGCCGCGGCGGCCGGGCGCCGCGCCGCUCGGCCUGCUGCCGCGGGGCGCCGCGGCCCCCGCGGCCGGCGCCGGCGGCGCGGCGCGGCGGGGGCCCGCGCUCUUCUGGGUCCUGCGGCUGCUGGCCUGCGACGGCGACCUCGCGACGCUCAUGCACGCGAGCGACGCCGCGCGUUUGGUCCUCGACAGCGAGACGAUGGACGAGCCGGAGCGCGACGCGUUCCUCGCCCUCUUCUACGACAAGUACCUGCCCUGGCUCGUGGAGCCCCUCUACGACGUCCGCGUCGUCGGCGGCGACGGCGUCGAGGUGCCGCUGGAGGACGCGGCGCCGGGGCCGGGGCUCCGCGUCGCGAACGGGGCCGCGUGCGCGCACGUCUGCGAGCUGCUGGCCUACUGCGUGCGCGCCCACGCCUACCGCAUGAAGUACUUCGUGCUGCGGAACCACGUCGCCGCGCGCGUCGUCGCGCUCGUGGAGUGCGGCGGCGCGUACGGCGACAAGCCCUUGGUGCUCGCGGCGCUCCGGUUCGUCCGCGCGUGCGUCGGCGCCAAGGACGACUUCUACACGCGCUACCUCGUGAAGAACGGGUCGCUGGGGCCCGUCUUCCGGCUGCUGGGCAACGCGGCGGCGGCGUCGCCGGCGCCGCCGCCGCCGGAGGACGACGGCGACGCGACGAACGACACCGUCGAGCCGCGGCCGCGGAAUCGGCCGCCGCGCGUCGUGCCCGGCGACUCGCUCGUGACGUCCGCCGUCGCGGAGCUCGCGGAGUUCGUCCGCGUCGAGAACGUGAAAGGGCUCGUGGCCCACAUCGUCGAGGUCCACGGCGCGACGCUCAAAAAGUCCGUGCUCCACCGGAGCCUGCUCGAGGGCCUGGAGACGCGCCACGCGCAGAACAAGGACCUGCUGGAGCGGGCGGCGCGGGGCUUCGGCGGCGCCAAGGACGACGCGCCGCUCACGGCCGCGCAGCUCGAGCGGCGCGCGCGCAUCGCGACGGAGGACGCGGACGAGGCCUACUUCGACGACGACGACGACUUCGACGACGACAUGGACGACGCGUCCGACGACGACGAGGCGCCGGGCGCGCCGCCGGGCCCGCCGCCGGGCUUCGCGCCGCGCGAGGCGGCGCGGCGCCGGCCGCCGGGCCGGUCGCCGACGCCGCCGACGGAGGACGACUCGUCGGACAGCGACGCGUCGGGCGACUCCGCGUCCUCGCGGCACCGCGCGAAGCGCGGCUUGGACGGCGCGCGGCGCGCGCAGCCCCGGUCGCCGUCGUCGGCGGCCACGGACGGCGACGACGAGUCGACGGCGUCGUCGAAGCGGCCGCGCACGGAGAGCGAGUCGAGCGACGACGACGACUUCAAGCCCCCCGUGCGGGCGCCGCCCGCGUCGUCCUCGCCGCCGGCGUCCGCCUUCUCCGGCGGCGCCUUCGACGCGCCGAAGCGGCCCUUCGCGCGCCGCGCGCCGACGGCGCUCGUCGUGAAGAAGAUCGAGUGGAGCGCGGAGAAAGCCGCGGACCUCGACGGCUUCGCCAGGGCCGGCAACGACGACGAGCCGCCGGCCGACGAGCCCAACGGCGCGGCGAAGAAGGCCAAGCUGGGGGAGUCCGACGCGUCGCAGUCGUAA